CGCCUUUCCUCUUCGCCUUCUGCAGAACAGCGCAGCAGCGAUCCGAGAGAAGGCCGAGGUGGAGGCAGCCAAAGGACAAGCGGAGGGCCAGGCCGGGCGACUGAACCAGGAGAUCGAGCGACUGCGCAGGCGGACGAACGAGCUGGAAAAUGAGGUGGCUAAACUCAACAGGAUCAUCGACGAGGCCAAGCUGCUGGAGAGCAGACUAGGAGACAAAGCUGGCCGCCUGGAGAGAGAGAAAAGGCAGUUGGAAGAGUCUCUGGCUGAGAUCAGGGAGCAGGAGGAGGAGAUGUCUCGUGCCAACCGAAUGUUGAACAUCCGACUGGAAGAUGUGCAGAAGAACCUGGCCAAACUAGACCUUGAGAACAAGGACCUGGAGGACCGGCUACAGGAGGAAAAGUCUCAGAAGGAGCAAUUUAAAAAUAUGAAGAACAACAUUGAAGACGAGAGACGUGUGCUGGACCGGACAGUGGAAAAACUGCAGAGGGAGAUGAGCGAUAUCGUCGAGGCGUCUCAGUCGUCCACUCGAGAGCUGCAGGAGCAGAUCGAUAUUUAUAAGGAGAAGAACCGGCGGGAGCUGGCAGAGCUGCAGCGGCACCUGAAGGAGAAAGGACAGGAGCUGGAGAAGCUGGUGCUGACCACCAGAAACCUGCAAGAGGAGUUGUCUCUGCGGGAGGACGAGCUGCGACGUUGUAAGACGGAAAGAGACGAAGCUGUUCUCAAGGAGCAGACGCUGGAGAGAAAGGUUCAUGAUCUGGAGAUGGAGGCUGAGAAAAACAAGCAGACCAAGGAUGACAAGUCCAGACAGAUGAAGCUGAUGGAGAACAGGAUUGCUCAGCUGGAGCUGGACCUGGAGGAGGAGCGUCAAAGUGGAGACCAGCUGAUGGACAGGAUAGACCGAGGGAGGGAGCAGGUACACACACACACACACACACACACUCAUUAUCAGUGCUCACCUGUCUCAGGGAGACCUUGUCCGUCUUCACUGAGACGUGUCGCUGUUCCAUCUCUGUCUGUAAAUGAUCUCCUGUUGCUUUGUCCUCCACUUCUAACAUCAUUAUUUCAGCCACUAAGAAAACUUCAUGUGUCCCCAAUAUGUCCUCAGUGAGUCUGUCUCUCACCUGUCUGCGUCUCCAUGUCCACAACCCACCGUUCAUAGUUUCUGCUUGAGGUUCUGCAGGUUUUUCGCUCUGUAAGUUGAUCUUUUAUAAUCGGUCAUGUUGGAGUCCGGCCAGCCAGCUCCGGUUUUCAUGCAUCCGUCACAAAAAGGCCCUUCUUACUGCGGCGCCUGAGCCAGAAUACUAAAGCUGCCAAACUUCUCAGGUUUUCAGAUUGCAGAGUUCAGUUGGAAAUGGCACCGAGAAACAUCAGUCUGAGAACAAGCAGGUUGUUGAGAAGCUCUCCGCUGCUCCUUCCUUUAUGAUGAAGCUGCUGACGGAGGCGUUGCGGAGUUUGGUUUAGACGAAGUGAACACGCUUUCAGCAUGUCUCCUUAGAGGAAUUUGUACCUGGAGAUUUUUAUUAUGUUGCUUUUAUUAAAGCUGCCGUAUGUACAUUUUAGUU